AUGAUUGCUGCUUUAAACCGUUUCAUUUCCCGCUCGGCGGACACAUGCAGGCCUUUCUUCCUCCUAUUAAAUAAGUGGAAAGGCUUCGAGUGGACGGAAGAGUGCGCUUUAGAGUUCCAGCAGCUUAAGGAAUACCUGACCCGGCCACCAAUUAUGUCCAGUCCUAAGGCCGACAAGAUGCUAUUUGCCUACAUUGCUGUAGCCCUUCACGUAGUAAGCUUAGUGCUGAUCCGAGAAGACAAUGGCACACAACGGCCCGUCUACUACGUAAGCAAAUCGCUGCACGAGGCAGAGAUUCGUUACCUCCCCCUCGAAAAGGCCGUUUUGGCAAUCGUACAAGCCACGCGAAAGCUCCCCCACUAUUUCCAGGCACAUAUUGUUGUUAUACUAACCCAACUUCCGCUGGGAUCCAUAUUCCGGAGUGCCGACUACAUGGGUAGAAUAGCAAAAUGGGGGACGAUUCUGGGCGCCUUCGACAUUAGGUACAUGCCUCGCACCGCUGUGAAGGGUCAGGUUCUCGUGGACCUAUUAGCUGAAUUUGCAGAGCCAACACCAGAAGGAGAGGGAGGGACACUAAACCCUGACGGGAAACUGAUCAACGCAAUCUCUCAGCAAGAGCCCAGUUGGUGGAAAGCACACAUUGACAGCUCGGCCAACCAAAGGGGUUCAGGGGUGGGGCUCGUUUUGGUCUCCCCUGAGGGGAUCACUAUCGAAAAAUCUUUGAGGUUGUCUUUCUCGGCCACGAAUAACGAAGCAGAGUAUGAGGCACUAUUGGAAGGAAUGUCAAUGAUCCAAAAACUGGGUGGAAAAUCCGUGAACAUGUUCUCGGACUCAAGACUUGUUGUGGGACAAGUAAAUGGGGAAUUGGAGGAGAGGGAUGAAAGAAUACAAGAGUACCUAGUCCAAGUCAAGCGGUUGCGGGCCCAUUUCUGUCACUUCAAUCUAGUGCACGUGUCCAGGAGCGGGAACACCCAUGCUGACUCUCUUGCAACGCUUGCCACCUCCUCGACACAGCCACUUCCUCAGGUUAUUCUCGUAGAAGAUCUCUACCACCCAAUGAUGGCGAGCACCAACUCAGUACGGGUUCAUAGCAUUAGGGCAGGGCCUAGCUGGAUGGAUCCUCUAGUACAAUUCUUAAAGCAUGACACCUUACCAGAAGAUAAGAACGAGGCCGACAAGAUUAGAAGAAAGGCUUCUCGAUUCUGGCUGUCCGAGGACUCCAAACUGUACAGGCGCUCAUUCUCAGGACCAUACUUGCUGUGUGUGCACCCAAAUGCCACUGAACUCAUCCUGGAGGAAUUACAUGAAGGGAUUUGCGGAAGUCAUACGGGGGGUAGAUCCCUGUCCCAUAGGGUCAUAACGCAAGGUUAUUGGUGGCUGAGCAUGUAG